AGGGCCUCCGCUGAGGUUGAAUAUGAGAGAAUGACACGAACAAGUCGUCUACUGCUCUCACUUUACCCAGACGCCAAACACAUGUAUGUUUCUGCGCUUCCUAUGCCAUGCUGACAAGGCUAGUAUCCGUGGGACAACGUCCAUGCAUGAGAACAUUGCAUGCUACGAACAUCUUACUGGUAGAGACGCCUCCCUCCGCGAAUCAGACACGGCACGUCGCGUCUAUGAGGAAGAGCGUAUUCGUUCUCCGCAUGCGCGCUUGGCAUUCAUGGAAACGUUCAAGUAUUCAGAUGCACGACCUGAUUCUAGUAAAGAUGGUCGUCACUACUCUCGCGUUUCUUUUGCUGGUAUUGCAGAGGAUGCGGUGUAUGAUCAACGACCGCGAAUUGGAGAAUCGGACAUGUGGUUCGUAGAUCUCAUGUUUGAGAUAUGGGCACAGAGUGUUUGAAUUCAGCGAGUAAUUGCUCGGGUGUCGGAUGAUUGCGGCCAAACAUUCAGGGGUAUCUAACAAAUUUGCGAGGAACGCGCGAAGAAAUUCUUGGUUGUUUCAAGCAGUGACCUGCCUUACGAAACAAG